GACAAUCUUGACAGUAUGGAACAAUAGUAUGCACAUUAUUCAUAUUUUGAGGGCAGUAAUUUUACUUUUCAUCCCGUCAGACUCCGUGGCCUCUCAGAUUUGGAAGCCCAAAUUCAGGCUUUUCACACAGAGCUCCAGAGCCUGCGUGAUCUUCAGGAGACACAGAGCGGAGGAGAAACUCUCCUGCAGGAGCUGGAGACUCAGUGGAGGGAGACUCACAGAGGUUUUUCUGACCGGAAAAAGCAGUGCAGCAUUCUGUUGGAGAACCUGAAGAAGUUUCAGGGCUGCCGCAGUCUCCUGAGCAGCAGCAUGCAGAGAGCAGAGCAGACCAUCAGUGAGCAGGCAUCAUACCUGGGAAAAGACAACCUUCAGAAAAGCAUUAACAAGGUGCGUGAGAUCAAGCAGGAGCUUUCUGGUCUUGGAGAACCCAUGGAGGAGAUGAGAGGUAUAUGCAAACAGCUGCAGACUCAGCUGAAGAAGUUUCCAGACUGCUCUGAGCCGCCCUAUGAAGCCGAGGCUGAAGCACUGAUGGACAACUGGCUGGACGUGACAGAAAAAACUGAUACUUACAUGGACAACCUGGUGGUGGGACUGGAGCUGUGGGAGAAGCAGCUGAUGCUUGGUGGAGAGGUGGACAGCUGGGCUGGAAGCAAACUGGCCCUGUUUGCACAGAGUCAUCCCUUCUACAAAGAACAGGAAGUGCUGGACAUGAGGGAUGAGAUUAAUGCCCAGGAUGAGAACAUUGAGCAUUUCCACAAGAAGCUGAUGGAGAUCCAGGAGAUGCUGCAGAGUCAUGAGGCUCCACUGGAGCUGCAGGUGAUGGAGACCCAGCUGAGGAAGAGGAUGGAGCAGGUGAAGGAGCUCUUUACCGACUGCACUGAUGUCUUUGAGGAGCUAAUGGCUGUGAAGAAACACCUUGCAGAGAAGAUCAAGGAGUGUCAGUCUGGUGUGGAGAACAUCCAGAAUUCUCUGAAUAAUGUUGAUGCUUCAAGUCCAGAGAUUGAGACCAAGAUACAGUAUCUGCUGAAUAAUCUGGAAGCUCAGGAGGAACAGAUGAUGGCCGUGUUAAAGGAGGUGGGUCUUGUAUCCAGUGUGGGCAGUCCACAAGUUCUGGAGGAUCUCUCUCUGGAUUGCAGCAGACUAAAGGAGGCAGUGUCCCGCACAAAAGACAUGAUCUAUUUAAAGAGAGAGGAGAGGGACAAAGGUCUGCUCAAAGUUCUCCAAGAUGAUCGGCUGUCGUUUGAAGUUUGGUUCCAGGACCUGCAGUUGUCUGUCAAUGAGUGUUUUGAAAGCCCUGAGAGAAGAAGUGUUGUUGAGACAUCUGUCCAAAGACUCAGUGGUUUCCUCAAAUCCAGCGAUGCAGAGAAACGUUUGGACCAACUGAAGGCGCAGCUGGAGAGAGGCAGCCAGCAGAUUCCUCCACAGGACCUCAGUGAGUUCAACGAGUGGCUGAAGGAACAGCAGGAGGAGGUGGCCACAUUCACGUCUCACUGUGUCAACAGGCAGAAGCAAAUGGAAUCUAUACUCAGUGACCUGGACAGUCUACAGAAACAGCACGACAGCUUUCAUGAGUGGUUACAGACCAGAGAGAAACAGGCUGCUGUGUGUGACAAAGACAAAGACAGCCCUCUCCUAAAAGACCUUCAGGAUCAAAGUGGUCGAGCUGAGGCCUUAAGAGAGCUGUUGGCAUCGGUUCGCAAACAAGGUGUCAGGUCAGAGAACCUCCUGAAAGAUGGUGAUAAUCUGCUCCAACGCUACAGGAACCUGGAGACUAGGGAGAAGGAACAGGCUCAGGUACUAAGUGCCCUCCAUGAGGACUGUAACAACUUCAUAACCCAAGCUGAAAACACCAGGGUUUGGAUCAGAACCCUGCUGGAACCACUAAGUGCCUCAGACAUAAAGAUGAAAACUGCACAGACAAUUUUGAGCUCCAAACCUGAGGGUGACUCAAAGAUCGAGAACCUGAGGAGUCAAAGUUUGACUUUGUGUGACCACCAGGACCUGGAUGAGAGCAGGAAACAGAAAAUCCAGCAGUCUCUCAUAGAAACAGAGGAGCAGUGGGGAGCAGCCCUGCAGACAGCUGAGGACGUUCUAAACAAGGUGAAAACACAGACUCUGUUAGACCAGGACUUGGCUGAGUUUAAAAUCCAGAAUGAGGAAAUACAGGCCUGGAUACAAGAUCAAGAGAUGAACCUGCAGUCAGUCACAGGUCAAAUGGAAGUUGAGGAGAAACUCCAGGCUGCACAAGCUGUCCUUCAUUCCAAAAACGAGGAAGAAUUAAAGCUCAAAGAUCUAAGGACACAAUGCCAGAAACUUUCUGACCACCAUGCCAUGGAAGACAGCUGUAGACAAGAGGUUGAGCAGGCUGUGGAACAGACUGAACAAAUGUACAUUAAAGUCCUGAAGGCUGCCGAAGAAACCUUGAUCCAGGCAGAACAUCAUGCUGCCUGUCAGAGGGAGUUUGAUGACUUCAGGAUCCAGAAUGAAACUGUCCAGUGUUGGAUGAAGGGGCAAAAGCAGAGUCUGUUGUCUCUCAGUGGUCAGAUGCCAUUUGAGGAGAGGCUAAGGAUUUCACAGACUGUUCUAGACGCUGCCUCUGAAGGUCACUCUAAACUUGUGGACUUGAUGACAAAAGGUGAGCAUCUGCGCAAGCAUCUAGAGGACAGCAAGAGACCUGAGGUGGAGCUGAUGGUCAAGGAGACUUCACACUUGCUACAGAUGCUUGUACAGGCAGCCAGACAGGCCGAGCUGCGAAGUCUGUCAACAGACUUUGACGCCCAAAGUAAAGACACUAAGUCCUGGAUCAGGGACAGACAGCAGAAGAUGUGGUCUCUUGGAUUUCAUGCAAGACCACAAGAGAAAUGCCACAUGACUCAGAUCAUCUUGGACUCCAGACCUGAGGGUGACUGUAAGGUGAACAACUUGAGGAGACGGGGUCAGAGUCUGUGUGACCUCAAAGAUGCUGAUGAAAACAUAAAAGAACACGUCCAAAGGACAGUCAAAGACACAGAGGAACAGUGGAAAGCGCUGCUGAGUGAUGCUCUUCAGAUCAAGGCUUCAGCUGAAGCUCAGGUCAACCAGGAGACUAAAACGAGAACACUGAUGCUGAGUGAAUUUCAGAGCCUUCGGCAAGAAACUGAAUGCUGGCUGGUAGACGUACAACAUCGACUAAUGUCACUAGUCAACUUGAGUUCAGUUGAGGACAGAGUGAAUGCAGCACAGGACAUCCAAAGCUCCAAAGCUGAAGGAGACUAUAAGAUUCAGGAGCUCAGGAGAAAAGGACAGACUCUGGAGUUUGUGGACAUCGAUGAAGACAAAAAACAGGAGGUUAACAAAUUGGUGAGAGACGCAGAGGAAAAAUGGGCCAGAGUCCUUCAGGAGACCAAACAGGUCCUGCAAAGAGCCGAGAAACAGCAAGCUCUGGAGGAGGAGCUGAAGGACUAUGAAAUGCGCAGAGAAAAUACCAGAAUGUGGCUGGAGGAGAAGCAGCAAAGUCUGGUUGGUUUGGAGAUUCAAAGAGAUCCAGAGAAGAUCAUUGUCGCUGCUCAGACCAUUCUUAGCUCCAAACCUGAGGGAGACUCCAGGGUGGAUGAGCUGAAAAAACGCAGCCGCAGUUUGUCUGACCAGGAAGACCUGGAGGAGGAGACGAGGCUGGAGGCCGAGCAGACAAGCAGACAAUCAGAGGAGCAGUGGACAAUGGUCCUGCAGACGGCUGAGGGCAGCCUGAAGAGAGCUGAAGUCCAGUACUGUCUGUCCAGAGAGACAGAAGUGCUAGGUGUCCAGGCUGGAAUCACCAGGACCUGGAUCAAAAACCUGCAGGAGCAGGCUGAGGCCACAGGGAGGGGCUGUCGAGGCACACAGGCUGAGAUCCAGGAGCGGCUCAACAAAGCACAGAACAUCUUGAGCUCUAGGUCAAAUGGUGAAGCUCAAGUUCUGGAGUUGAAGAAACGGCUUCAGAGUCUUUGUGAGCAGGAGGACCUGGAGGAGGAAAAAAAAAGUCUGGGGGAGAGGAGACAGGCAGUAGAAAAGACCCGGAUCCUAUUGGAUCAGACAACUGCUCUAGCUCCUGACCUCUCAGAGGUGAUGUCACAGGCUGCAGAACUUUUCGAGGAUACCAUGGCUUAUCUGGUUCAAAGCAUCAGCGUAGAGCGUCAGUGCACCCAACUGGUGGAGCAGCAUGAAGCAGCUCAGGACUGGCUGAGGGAACAUGUCAAAAGUCUUGGAGAUCCUCCAACGGACAGACAGGGUCUACAAAGCAGCAUCAAUACUCUGAAGGCUCUUCUCCAGACCGUGGACAGGGAGCACAGAGAGAUGAAAGAACUGGACUCUGCUCGAGACCAACUGCUGAGUCUGUGCACUCCAGGAGGUCAGGAUGCCCUAAAUCUGGAGGUCAGCCACCUCCACAACCUCUGUGCCACCUCAGAGCACGAUGUCAGGGAGCGUUUGUCGGCCUGUGAGGCCCUGCUGGGAAAGCUGCAGGAUCAGCAGGCUGAGAUGAACAAGGACCUGAAGGAGAGAGCAGCGGCCCUGCAGUGGGAGCUUCGCUCUUUAGAUCAGGCUCUCUGUUACAAACUGCGAAAAGUUGCUGGAAGAUUUGGGUGUGAAAGUAAUUCACCUCCAGCAGGAUGUGAUGUCAACACCUGUGACUAA